CCUCAAUGAUAAGCCAGAAGAUUCGGAAAAAACUAUUGUAUGCGAUGUCGCUAUGACACUCGGCGAAUGGGAGACUGGAGACAUCCUGAGCAAUUAUUCUUAUCCCAAGUCAACGUCGGGCGCAUUUGGGAGCGUAUUCUAUGGAGAAGAAAAGAUUACUCGUCGUCCGGUGGCUAUAAAAAUUGUUGAAGUAUCCAUGGAUAAGACCGUUUCGUACAAUGGAAUAAAUUCCAAAGAAGCAGCUCUUCUCAAAAAAAUUCCAUGGCAUCGACUGGGCAGAAGCAUAUCCAACCAAUGGAUUUUCGUGUUUGAAUAUCACGGAUAUGGCCAAGAUAAACCAAAAUCCACUUUAAGACAUUACUUAAGAGAUGUUGCGAGAAGUAGAGGGAAGCAAGGAUUAACGGAAAACGAAGCGAAGAAAAUUAUGUGUCAGUUAUUGUCGGCAUGUAAUCAUUUGGAGAGACACGGGAUUACCACUGUGAUUUAA